UAAGUAUGUUAAGCAAGCCUGGUAUUAUCACCUAGGAAUUUUGAUUCAACACUUAUUUCUUAGAAAUUAAAAUGAGCUCCAGAAAUGCUGGGCCCCAUAGUUAUAUUAAUCCUAAUAGAUUUGGCGACCUCUAAAUUGGAUGUGGUAAGGACUUCUGAGUUGCGUUCACCCAAGUGUGUUGAUUGCGAAGGAAUUCAGUCGCAAUGUACUGUCUAUAGAGAAGGACACUUCUGCGCGAAUCACGCGGAUAAAGGCAUAAUACAGAAAAAUCAUAUAUACAUGAGCAGAACCGAGAAAUUACUGGAUUGUUUACCGGACGACUUCAACGUUACUGGCCCCAUUAUGGACUAUUGUUGUCUAUGGACGCCGGAAAUAGGAUGCCGGCAAUUGGCAGGACACUUGUAUCAAAAACACUCCGACUGGAGGGAAGCCUGCGAUAUCUGCGUGAAGGUAUGCGCCUGUGAGGAGAAUCGGGUAGUUUCGGCUGGAGUCCGUCUGACUUCGUCCAUUAAAUGGUUACUUCUGGUUGUAGUCCUGGCGCUUCUCUGAUAUUGAAACUUUAGCGACACAUGGCUGGUGAAUCGGUGCUUUGCAUAUCGAAGGAAAUUCAAUAAGGUUGCCUGCAUGAGGGAAUUUCAAGUGCCUGGGCGGCGACCGUAAAACCGAGUGGCCAUUGCACUAAGCCAAGGCACAUACAAAUCAAGUCAACAAUGGCUCCGCCACAGUCCCCGAGCGUCACAGCACACAUGAAGGCUCGGAUGAGGGUUCGGGUCAGGGGCCAAGGGAAUGCGAUAGUCUUCUGUUUGCUCUAUUGGACCAGUACCAGUGUUGACAGAUAUUCAACAGGACAACAAAAAAAUGGAUAGACAUAUCUCUCGCAUUAUAACAUUAAAUGUUACAAGUCCUGCACUGUUAUGUUUAAAUAAUUAGUCCUUGAAUUUUA